AUGAAAGCUCUCAACGUCAAGCUGCCGACGGCGGUGACGAGGGUCUCGGAGUACAUUGGCGAAGUGCUGCAGCUGAUUGAAGAAAUCGAAAAAAAUGGAUUUGCCUACGAAAGCCAAGGGAGUGUUUACUUCGACUCGCAGCAGUUCAGCAGCAGCAGCAAACACAAGUACGGACGCAUGGAGCCCGCCUCCGUCGCCAUCCAGGAAAGGGUGCUGGAGGGCGAGGGAACCCUCGGAGUGGUUUCUUCAGAAAAGAAAAACCCUUGCGAUUUUGCCUUGUGGAAAAAAGCUAAACCCGGAGAACCCUCUUGGGACUCCAAGUGGGGACCCGGAAGACCCGGCUGGCACAUAGAGUGUUCCGCAAUGGCUUCUGCUUUGCUGCCCUUCCCGCUGGACAUCCACAGCGGCGGAAUUGAUCUUCGCUUUCCCCACCACGACAACGAACUGGCCCAAACUGAAGCUGCCAAAGAUCGCCCCCAGUGGUCAGCAGCAGCAGCAGCAGCAGCAGCAGCAGCAGCAGCAGCAGCGGGAGCUAGCAGCAGCAGCAGCACCCGCAGCGGGAACUAG